AUGGCCCGCGUCGUGUCGUGUCGUCUCGAGCUGCCGUCUUCUGCCAUGGCCGCCGCCACACGAGGGCGAGCAUGCAGCUUCCAUACACACCUGUACAACAAACUACAUGCUACAUGGAUACGUGGACGUGACUGUGCACCGCGUAGUACACUGCCUGGUAUUCAUCAGAUGGACAAGGCACCGUCGGAGCGAUACUUCCUUGACCCACCGCCCUCCGCCUUGGCUUGCCCGCUCCUGCUCGCUGAUUGGCUCCUUCCCUCCUCAGCCACUGCCAACCUCAGUCGCUCCGAAAUCCUUGCCUGUCUUAUGUCUGUGUCGCGUCUCCAACGCCGCCCCCAACCAUGGAAUCCGCUGCACGCUACUCGCUACUCCGCCACGCCUGCACUGCGUCAUUUUCACCUCAGGCCCUGCCAUGCCAUGCCAUGCCAUGUCCACUGCGCCUUCCACCCUGCCAUGUGCCCCAGCUGCUGCACCUUCCCAGACUACUACCACCACUACUACCACCACUACUACCACUGCUACUACUACUAUUACUACUACACACUAGAAGUACUCCUGCACCCACAACCGUCAGCAGUCCACUUAUCGAUCGUCAGGCACCGCAUCUCCACGCCUCCCGCUUGCCUCCCCAGACCUCUCAGUCAUCGACCCUCACCAUCCCUCCUAGCGGCCAUAGUGUAG